GCGGGAUUAUUAGUGACUGCAUUGCAUUAUUAUUAGCGUAGCUCCUUACAGUUCAGGAACCGAUAUCGUUGAGGAAAUCCGCUGCCUCAAACUAUAUAUAUACCGAUGCGCCUGUCUUCCCCAUCAUAAUUUUGGUCCAGCAACUUCUUCCUUUUCCACUCCUCCGGUUCCCCCCUCCCGUCUGUACCCCCUCCUUCGUCUCCUACUCUUCGUUGUCUCGGCGACUUGAACAAGAUUAUUCAUCCCUUGGACUCUCUGACUGCCCCUGUCUAUAUAUACACCACCGUCUUACUGUCUGGUGGGGCCCUUUAAAGCUCAUACCGAUCCCGCCGCCACUACACCAGUUCUACUCACCCACACUCCCCCUUCUGCGCUACCAUGUCUGACGGUCCCAUUGACCCUACAUUGCCAUCAGUGGUUCUCGAGGCUCGCGAUGCCGACAUUAUCCACGUGCCCAAGGCAUUCCACGAGAAGCGUCCGGCAGGGAGCCACCUGAAAGAUUUCGAUGAGUACAAGAGGCUAUACGAGGAGUCGAUCCGCAGCCCGGACACCUUCUGGGCUCGCAUGGCUCGCGAGCUCAUUACCUUCGAUAAAGAUUUCCAGACCACUCACAGCGGAUCAUUCGAGAACGGAGACAAUGCCUGGUUUGUCGAGGGUCGUCUCAAUGCUUCAUACAACUGCGUCGAUCGCCAUGCUUUGAAGAACCCUGACAAGGUCGCCAUCAUCUACGAAGCCGAUGAGGCUAAGGAAGGUCGCAAGAUUACUUACGGCGAGCUUCUUCGUGAGGUAUCCCGCGUAGCGUGGGUGCUGAAGGAGCAAGGGGUUAAGAAGGGAGACUCAGUCGCCAUUUACCUGCCUAUGAUCCCCGAGGCCGUUAUUGCUUUUCUGGCCUGCUCGCGUAUCGGCGCUGUCCACUCCGUCGUAUUCGCCGGUUUCUCCUCAGAUUCCCUUCGGGACCGUGUUCUAGACGCCCGGUCCAAGGUCAUUAUCACCUCCGACGAGGGUAGACGUGGUGGUAAGGUCAUCGGGACCAAGCGCAUUGCCGACGAGGCUCUCAAGCAGUGCCCCGAUGUGACCAGCGUCCUGGUCUACAAGCGGACUGGCGCGGACGUGCCGUGGACCCCGGGUCGGGACCUUUGGUGGCACGAGGAGGUUGAGAAAUACCCCAACUACUUCCCUCCGGAGCCUGUCAGCUCUGAGGAUCCUUUGUUCCUGCUCUACACUUCUGGUUCGACCGGAAAGCCCAAGGGUGUCAUGCACACCACUGCUGGAUACCUUGUGGGUGCCGCAAUGACUGGCAAAUACGUCUUUGACAUUCAUGAAGAUGACCGCUUCUUCUGCGGUGGUGAUGUCGGCUGGAUUACCGGACACACCUAUGUUGUUUAUGCUCCUUUGCUUUUGGGUUGCUCAACAGUCGUCUUUGAGGGUACUCCCGCAUACCCCAACUUCUCCCGUUACUGGGACGUGAUCGAGAAGCACCAGAUCACGCAGUUCUAUGUGGCUCCUACCGCUCUGCGUCUUCUCAAGCGGGCUGGAGAUGAGCAUGUUCGCCACCAGAUGGAACACCUCCGUGUCCUCGGUUCCGUCGGUGAACCCAUUGCGGCCGAGGUCUGGAAAUGGUAUUUCGAAGUCAUCGGCAAAGAAGAGGCACAUGUUUGUGAUACCUACUGGCAAACGGAGACCGGUUCGAACGUGAUCACCCCCUUAGGUGGUAUCACUCCGACCAAACCAGGAAGUGCAUCUUUGCCCUUCUUUGGUAUCGAACCUGCUAUCAUUGACCCGGUCUCGGGUGAGGAGCUCGUCGGCAAUGAUGUCGAAGGUGUUCUUGUUUUCAAGCAGCCCUGGCCUAGCAUGGCUCGCACCAUUUGGGGUGCGCACAAGCGUUACAUGGAUACAUACUUGAAUGUCUACAAGGGCUACUACUUCACCGGUGAUGGUGCCGGUCGUGAUCACGACGGAUACUACUGGAUCCGUGGUCGUGUUGACGACGUUGUCAACGUUUCUGGUCACCGUCUCUCUACUGCUGAGAUUGAAGCUGCCCUCAUUGAACACCCUCUUGUUGCCGAGGCAGCAGUCGUCGGUAUCGCCGAUGAGCUCACUGGACAAGCGGUGAACGCUUUCGUGUCCAUCAAGGAUGAAAAGGCAGCCAACGAACAACUCCGCAAGGAUCUGGUGAUGCAAGUUCGCCGGUCGAUUGGACCCUUCGCUGCCCCCAAAGCUGUCUUUGUUGUUGAGGACCUUCCUAAGACCCGCAGUGGCAAGAUCAUGCGCCGAAUUCUGCGCAAGAUCCUCAGCGGUGAAGAAGACAGUCUGGGUGAUGUUUCUUCGCUUUCCCACCCUGACGUUGUGGGCAAGAUUAUUGAGACGGUCCACGCUUCUCAGAAGAAAUAGUGAAGGGAAUUCCAAAAAAGAAAAAAAAGAAAAAAAGAAAAAAAUGACAAUAUCGGAUGAGACGGAAAUUGACUGGAACGUAUAUAUGCACAUACCAUGUACUGGAAAUUCUCGACGACCAGAACUGUUAUUUGGGUUCUGCCGCAAGGCCUUUUUCAGGAUAAUUACUUUGCAUCACAAGUUUGUAGCUCUGCGAGCACGUGUUUUUUCCUCAUGAGGAUAAUUCAAUUACAAUUAAUCAUAUCCUUGGGAUUUCUGUGCCCAUCUAUUUCAAUAAUAUGACGGUAAAGGAGCCGAUGGAGGAACAGUAAAUGGCUGAGGACUGAUUUUCAUCGAAUAGGUCAAAUAUUAUAACACUUCAACGAGCGUAUAUCCACUUCCCCGACUUAUAAUCCUGAACCAGACACCUAUCCAUCCAUUUAUACUCACUGAUGGAUGACCCAUAAUGCUGAUGGGCGAUCUGCUGAACGCCGGCUUAGCAUGAAGAAGACACUGGGAGUUAAUGACUCCUUUACUAAACAAAUGCCAACCUACCUUGGAUACCUUGC